UCUUGAUCUAAGAUGGCAAGUGUAAGCAAGAAGCGACGACGCCUCUAUGAAGAUGACCAAAUGAAAAUGGCAAUUGAGGCGGUCCGAGAGGGAAGGAUGUCGAAGAAAUCGGCAUCUAAAAUCUUUGGUGUCCCGAGGUCAACGCUGUUGGACAAGUUGAGUGGUCGGGUGCCAGAGGAGCCUGUUUCCCCAGGAACACGCCCGACCCUCACAAAACAAGAGGAGAAGACUCUUGUUACAUAUAUCCAGCAUAUGGCUGAUGUGGGCUAUCCUCUAACCAGGAAAGAAAUCCUUCUCGAGGUAAAAAAGGUAUUGGAUACAGAUGGUCGGAAGACUCCGUUCAAUAACAACAUGCCAGGGAAAGAUUGGUUCGCCAGAUUCAGACUUAGAAAUCCGGAGCUGUCUACCAGAACACCGCAGAGCUUGGGGCACGAGAGGGCCCUCAUUACAAAGGAAAUGGUUGAUGGAUGGUUUUUUCAUUUAAAUAAAUAUCUUGAGGCAGAGGUGCCAAAUUAUAAGAGUCUUUUGAAUAACCCAAGGAGGAUUUUCAAUGCAGACGAAUCUGGAUUUCCUCUUUGUGUUAAGUCUGGCAAGGUCAUGGCAGCCAAAGGGUCAAAACAUGUUUAUCAUGUAGUGUCCAAUUCAAAAACCCAGAUAACGGUCAUGGCCUGUUUCAAUUCAUUGGGAGAUUAUCUUCCCCCUUUGAUCGUUUUUCCUGGCCAGAGAUUGCGGAAUGUCGGUAUAGCCGAUUUCCCCGACGCAAUCUUUGGUCAGACAGACAGCGGGUGGAUGGACUCUGAUCUCUUUGUUGCCUUUCUAGAACAUUUUGUUAAGUUUGUCAAAGAAAAAGGAAUUGAAUUUCCUGUUAUUUUAUUUGUAGAUGGUCAUUCAACCCAUAUGACCCUUACAGCUUCAGAAUUUUGUGCUGCAAAUGAUGUUAUACUGUAUUGCCUCUUGCCAAAUGCAACACAUAUACUCCAGGCUUGUGACAUUGGCCUGUUUUCGCCGAUGAAAUCAGCCUGGACAGCAGGAGUAAAAACCUGGCAGAUGAAUCACAUUGGGGAGGUUCUUAUAAAGAAAGACUUCCCCAAAAUAUUCAAGCCAGUCUGGGAUAAGCUUGGGCCAUCUAAGCUUAGUAAUCCUUGUACAGAGUUGGCAAGUGCUGCAACACAGCCCACAGAUUCUGACGUACACACCCGUCCAAGUCCUACUGUCCCUCAGUCUGUUAUAGUCGCUGCUGACGUACCCACCCGUCCUACUGUCACUCAGCCUGUUAUAGUCGCUGCUGAUGUACACAUCCGUCCUGCUGACGUACCCACCCGUCCUACUGUCCCUCAGUCUGUUAUAGUCACUGCUGAUGUACACACCCGUCCUACUGUCCCUCAGCCUGUUAUAGUCACUGAUGUACACACCCGUCCUGCUAACGUACCCACCCGUCCUACUGUCCCUCAGCCUGUUAUAGUCACUGCCGAUGUACACACCCGUCCUGCUGACGUACCCACCCGUCCUACUGUCCCUCAGUCUGUUAUAGUCACUGCUGAUGUACACACCCGUCCUGCUGACGUACUCACCCGUCCUACUGUCCCUCAGCCUGUUAUAGUCGCUGCUGAUGUACACACCCGUCCUGCUGACGUACCCACCCGUCCUACUGUCCCUCAGCCUGUUAUAGUCGCUGCUGACGUACCCACCCGUCCUACUGUCCCUCAGUCUGUUAUAGUCACUGCUGAUGUACAUGCCCACUCGACUGUCCCUGUGACAGCCGAUUUAAAUGUUCCUCCUCCCAAGUCCAGUACAGUUGUGGCUGAAAUAAAUCCCCCAUCUCCUCCUAUUUUAGUACCCAUAAAUUAUUCUGACAAGGAAAACGUUCCUCCUUUUUCUGCAACAGAGAGUCUUGUGUCAUUAGGAGGGCCAACUGUGUCCAAAAGGGACCCAAAUUAUGUAUCUCCUGCAUUCAAACUUUUGAGUGUACCUGAGCCAAAAAAUAAAAAAAAAACAAGAAAUGUAUCAAUUAGAACAAAAUUACCUAAGGCAUUGUCAGGGAAAGAGGCGUUGAAAAUGUUCAGAGAGCAACAAAAACAGGAAGCAGAGGCACUUAAUGUAAAAAGAAAGGAAGAGCGAGAGAGAAAAAGAAAAGAAAAAGAGGAAGAACAGGAAAAAAACAAGCAAGAAAGAGAGAAUAAAAAAAAGCAAAAGAUAAAAAAAAAUAAUCCUCACAAAAAAAUGAUUGACAGUGAAUCAGAUGAUAGCUUUGAGGAUCAGUCAGAUGAUGAUAGCACAGAUGAUGCAGCAUGUGCAAACUGCGGAACAUCUGAAAGUGAAGGUCCAUCCAAUCCAUGGGUUGGGUGUGACCUUUGCAGCAGAUGGUUCCACCUUAAUUGUACAAAUGACAAAGAACUAAUGUCACUGAGAAAAGCGAAAAUAUCCAAGUACACAUUUGCAUGCAAUUUUUGUACAUUGACCAAUUCACCUAGCAAAUAA